AUGAGUUCAGGUCCCAGCCAUGGAAGCAAUCUAGUUAACAGGUCAUCUUCACCUGGUCCUCUAAUUCCUUCCUCACCAGCACGACUAAGUAUCUCUGGUCUACACAAGGCCGAUAACGCAAUCCCAUCCACUCCAGCCGCGCAGCCAAUCAUCCCAUCUUCACCAGACAAUCCUUUUGCUCAAGGUGAGGAUGCGAAAACUUACUUCACCCGCUCCAAUCGGUAUUUCGGACCUGUAUCAACGUGGAAAUCAUGGACCGAGGAAGAGAGAACAGUUGCCCUUAGUUUGGACCGCCUCAGGAGUCAGGACUUGAGUCUACACCUGUUCAACGCGUAUCACCUCAAACGGAAGGCCGCCAAAUCGGCACGCGGAAGGAAGCCCAAGAGGAGCAGGAAGGGUAAGGAAAGGGCGGCAUCAGUUGCUUCGAUCACAGACGACGCUAUUGCAGGUGAUCAGGAGGCGCCUGAGAGGCAGUUCACUCUCCCCAAAGCCUGGACAGCUUGGCCUUUGCCGGCCGACCGGGUUCCUAGAGAGGAAUUGCUUCCUCAGGCCGGAAGCGGCGCGUUACGUGCAAAAAUCGACUUUCGGCCGAGCGCCAAUUUGGAAGCAUGGCUUAUUGCGACAGCGACGAAACUUGCUCGAGAAAGAUGGAGUGACAGGCAGUGGGAGAAAAAGGAAGCUAACGUGGAAAAUGAUCACAAGGAAUCGGACCUCGGGAUUGACCAUGCGCUGGAUGCUGAGUUGGAAAGUGAAGACGAACAUGAGGGAGAGAAUGCACAACCGGGCUUCCAAUUGUUCUCAUCCCAAGCCGUUUCCGUCUCAGACGAAUCAGAAGGCAAUAUCAGCACAGAGAUGAACGAAAAGACCGAUGACGAGGAACGCGAAACCGAUCGACCUCCUGUACCUCUUGCGGACGAUGACACGGCAAGACGAUACUUCAUUCCCAGUGCCCGACAUAUUCUGUCCAAGCUUGACCAUCUUCUGCUCGGCCUCCACCGUGCAAGGCACGCCUACGCUGCGAAGCCGCAUGGGAGGUCACGGGGCAGAAACAUCUCUCGGACAUCUGGAAACCAAAGUAGUACUGAGAUCGAAGAUCGAGAUGAGGAACCACGCUCCACCUCGCGCCGCGGACGUCGGUCGUCAUCAGCGAAAACAGAUGUCUCAAGCAGUUCCACUAAACCCAGCAGAAAGCCUGAACGUGCUGAACAUUUGGGACUACGAGACUGGAGUGAGGUGGUCGGUAUGGCUGCUUUGACUGGAUGGGAUCCGGGCCUCGUGGAACGAGCAAGUGAGCGAUGUGCAAGACUCUUUGGGGAAAACAUGCUGUUCCGUACGUUCUACGAGGGUGAUGCCAAAGCAGGCACCACGUCGCAUGUCACCGAACGCUUGGCCGUGGACAGCGCGAGUUCGGUCAGUUCGCUGGAAGCGGAUGACGACCACAUUCCUGUAUUCCGCACAUCGGCGCCGUGCGAGGCGUGUCGACAGUCCAGAUCGAGGUGCCAGCCUGCAGAGUCACAGCCCGGCCUCUCGCGGCCGUGCGGGAAAUGUCAGGAAACAGGAACCUAUUGCUCGGGUAUUACGGUCCAAGACAAUGCCAGCAUAGGAGCUGGGACUGAGCGCCAUUGUCCAUAUGAAUCAUGUCCCAGGCACAACAUCCCCUUCCGAAAACAAUACCACCUCCAAAGACACCUGGACAGCGUGCACCGUAACUACUCUGGUGCUGGAGACCAAAAGUGGCUCGCAAGGUCAUCGCCAAGCGCGACUGCCAGUGGCGACGUUAGCGACGCCGACACCGACUUCGAUAUGUCUCUUGGUUCGACUCAUCCCAUCAUCUGUCCGGUCCCUGGCUGUCCGAGAGGCAAGAAGCCCUUCCCAGAAGGAAGACGACUGUAUGAACAUGUCAGGCGGAUGCAUCCCGAAAUGGAUGUACAGGAUGUGAAAGAGCUGGAAGCUAGAAGGAGAGGAGAACGCAGAGGGCGGUGGAGAGAUGAGAGACGAAGGAGGAGUGUCAGUACACGCAGGUCGGCCAGCCGGCGCGCCCGCCUUCGCGAGGCAUCUAGCCUGGUCAGUGAAGGUGACGACGACGAUGCUGACUACAGAGAGUAA